AGACGUUCAGACGAAAAGAGCCAUGGCGGCCGCGGGUGGAGGGAAAAUUAGAAGCAGGAGAUAUCAUAUUGCUUCUAAACCUUACGCCAAGAGUAAACAGCAGUCGGGCCUCAUCAGUCGAGUGACAGACACGGUAAAGAGCAUCGUUCCUUCUUGGCUGCAGAAAUACUUUAAGAAUGAAGAUGCUGCUGAAGGAGAAGAGGCAGGGCAAGGGUCAGACCAGAAUUGCCUGCCGCCACCACCUCCUCCUCCUAAUGGCAAUGAAGAGGGACCUCCUCCCCUUGAUGGACGAGAUUCCCCAGAGCCAAGCACCAGUAACACAGAACCCUCAACUAGUCGUGCGACCCUGAACUUUCAGGACUAUGCGCUUUCUCGCCCUCCACUGAGUCGCUCCCACCUCCACUUUACCUCACUGGAUGCCUCCUCCCCAAGCUUGGUAGCCUCAAGCAGCCUCUUCUCCCAGCCCUCCACCUCCUCAGCCCCUGGCCCCUUCACCACAGGCUUUUCUUUGGUCAAAGAAAUCAAGGACAACCUCUCCCAGCACGAAGAUGAUAACGUCUCCACCACGAGUGGGUUCUCCUCUCGUGCAUCUGACAAGGAUGUCCCCACUUUAAAAACUGCAUCACUUCCACAGCUUUGGUCCCCAGAGAUGGACAAAACAAUUUCUGGACCUCAGCCUUCUCAGUCCAGUUUGAAAAAGCCCUCUUUCAACUUGUCAGUCUUUGGAAACUCCUCGAAUUCAUCAUUGAACAGCACAAUGCUGAACUCAAGCCAGCUUGGUGAUUCACCUUUCUAUCCUGGGAAAACCACGUAUGGUGGAGCAUCUGCAGUCAGGAGCUCCCGCAAUCGUCCUGGAACACCUUACCAGGCCCCAGUAAGAAGACAGAUCAAGGCCAAGCCUGCUGGUGCUCAUCCCUGUGGUGUGACCAGUGCCACUGCCAGGCGCAUCCUGCAGUCCUUAGAGCGCAUGUCAAGCCCACUGGCUGAUGCAAAGAGAAUCCCAGCAGCAUCUUCACCCAUCUUGUCACCUUCGGUGGAUGGCACAAGAUUUGAUGUUUCGGAUCACGUUCCAAAAAAGAAACGGAUGGACUCAAAUCUCCCACCUGUGCAGAAACUUGUGAUUCCAGCAGCAGCUUCUGUUCCAGGAAGUCGUGCUGUGUCUUUUAGGCCGACUUUGACUCCUGGAGGACUCGGCCGAAGUCUGGACAGGACCACGAGGGAGAAGACACCAUCAAGACAAUCACCACAGUUACCUGAAGCAACCCCAGGUCCAUCUCAAAGCACAAGGAGUUACAGUGACCCCACCUAUCCUCUGUCCAGCACCCCUGCACCCAGCAGCAUGAGCUCUGCAGGGGGCAAAAUGAAAAGAGACAGGACUACAACACGACCUUGCUCUAAACGCCCUGAAAAUGAUGAGGUGGUCGAGGUUCCCGUCCUUCCAAGCAUUUCACUCCCCAUCAGCACUUCAUCCUUACCCACAUUCAGCUUCUCUUUGUUGCCACCUUCCACCUCCUCCACCUCUGUUAACUCCGCCCCCUCCAUCCCAGCUGUUACUCCAACUAAGGAAACUGUCACAAAUAAGGUUUCACCAAAGGCUUCGACACCACCCUGUGUACCUUUUACAUUUUCCUCCCCGAUUGUCAAAGCCACUGCUGCCAGCCCACCGUCUUAUUCCCCUUCUACUGGAUUUACUUUCAGUGCACCUGUAGCAAAGUUGGCUCCUUCCAUGUCCAAUGGAAAGCUCACCGCCCCCACAGCAGCAGUGAAGCCUGUUACAAGCAAGAGCACAGAAGAAUUUGAAGGACCUUUUAAACCAGCUAAGACUUUGAAGCAGGGCAGUGUGCUGGAUCUGCUCAAAUCACCUGGUUUUGCUUCUUCUGUUGCUCAGACCUCCUCAGGCACCAGCGUUGCUCCGCAGCAAAAAUCAACACAGUCCACAGCCCCCCUCUUUACAGGCACAAGCUCUUCCUCCUCCCUCCCUUCAUCAGCAGGGUUCGGUGGUUUGUUUAAAGCCCCUGCAGGAUGGAGCUGUGACGUUUGCUUAGUUCAGAACAAGCAGUCAGACACAAAGUGUGUUUGUUGUAUGGCUCCAAAGCCUAGUUCCUCACCUAAAUCUACAGGAAGUAAACCGUUGCCUACCACCUCUGUGGGGGUGGAGAGCAGCACAAGCACCACCACCACCACCUCUGUACCUGCAACUGGUUUUGGUCCAAUAUUUUCUAAACCCACAGGAACCUGGGACUGUGACACGUGUCUGGUUUCGAACAAGCCCGAUGCCGUAAAGUGUGUGGCCUGUGAAACAGCUAAACCAGGGACGGGGCUCAAACCCUCGCUUACAUUUCCCUCUGCCUUCUCAACUGUUAAGACUGCAUCUGCACCCACAAACCCUGUUUCCACAGGCAUCAGUGGGUUUGGAGAUAAAUUCAAAAAACCUGAGGGUGCAUGGGAAUGUGAAACAUGCUUGGUAGAAAACAAGGCAGAGGACACUAAAUGUGUGGCCUGCACAGCUGCUAAACCAGGAGCUUCCACGACCAGCAGUGCCCAAGUGUUCGGACUGGGAGACAAGUUCAAGAAACCUGAAGGCUCCUGGGAGUGUGACGUCUGUCUGGUCCAGAAUAAGGCUGCUGAUGCUCAGUGUGUUGCCUGUCAGGCAGCAAAACCUGGAGCGAAAGUUGAGCCCAAAGCUUUUGGUUCUUUUGCCUCCUCUGCUGGUGGGACUACUGGAACAUCUACGUUUGGUUCUUCUACCUCUACUUCUGGAGGUUUUAAGUUUGGCACAUCGGACAGUACGUCUGAGUCUGGAGGUUUCAAGUUUGGAACUUCAGAGUCAUCGUCAUCUUCUUCAGGUGGAUUUAAAUUUGGAGUCCCGUUUGGAAGCUCCUCGUCAGAAUCUUCUUCUAAAGACACUUCUGCCUCAUCAGGGUUUAAAUUUGGCAGCUCCUCGGAAGGCUUUAAAUUUGGGGUUGCUUCUAAUGAUGACAAAAAGUCUGAGCAGCCCGCGGCAGGUUCUGGGUUUAAAUUUGGAGUCGGCAGUGGGACAGCCUUUGGAACUGGAUCAUCUAGCACCGAAAGCAAUUCUUCUAAAAGUGGCUUCUCUUUUGAACAGUCAAAACCUGCAGAAAAAACACCGGAAACCACCACAACCUCAUCAUCUUCUGUUUCUUUCACGCCACUUUUUUCCUCACAAGCAAAAAGUGACGAUGCAGAAUCGUUAAGUAUCGCCACAUCAACAAACACCAACCCAACCACCACCACAACCUCCACAAAGGGGUCUGUAUUUGGGAGAUUGGGCGAGCCCAGUUUGGCGACUGGUACACCCAAAGUGAGCUCUACAUUUGGAUCUGUAGCAGCAGGGAAAGAGCCAGCUGCUUCCACGUUUACCUUUGGAAAGCCGGAGGAGAAGGACGCGCCUGCAGCCCCAUCGAGCUUCAUCUUUGGUGCUGCUAGUAAGGAUGCAGAUGGUGCAGCUGCUCCAGGAGGCUUUUCUUUUGGCAAGCCCAGUGCUCCAACAGAACAACCUCCAGCAGCUUUUAUUUUUGGCAAGCCUGUGGAUAAGAGCGAAACGUCCACUUCAGAGACACAAAAGCCUUCAUUCACUUUUGGACAAAGUGCUUCAGAUUCUACUGCUGCUGCUAAACCAGCAUUUAAUUUCAUGGUAAACAAUCCUGCCAACACCACCAACUCCACCACCUCGUCAACCACAACUCCCAGUUUGUUUGGCACCGCCAGCAGCAGCACGUCCACACCAGCACCAGCUUCUUCUGCAGCUCCCAGCACCUUUGUCUUCGGUCAGCCUUCUGUAACCACCAGCAGCGAUGCUCCCGCUGCUAAAACGUUUUUGUUUGGACAGAAUCAAGAAAGCCAGUCCUCGGCUCCAUCAAGUGCUCCUCUGAAUUCAGUCCCGGCUCCAGGUCAUCCCUUCUUCUUCGGAGCUGCUGCCAAUGCAGCUGCUCCCGCGGCUCCCUCUUUUAAUUUUGGAGCUACAGCACCCUCUGCAGCCUCUACAUCAGCUCCGUCUGCAGCUCCCUCCCCAUUUGUGUUCAGUUCAGCCCCCUCUGGAGGUUUCGGGACCAACCAGACUCCUGCAUUUGGUUCCUCUUUUGGAUCCCCUUUCCCAGCCACAGCUUCCCAAGCCCCCACCUUUGGAGCCAAACCCAACGCUGCCCCCAUUUUUGGACAACAGACAAACUCCACACCUGUGUUUGGAGCGGCUGUUAAUUCUGCACCAAGUGGAGGCUUUCAGUUUGGAGGAGCGAGUGCAUUUGCAGCCACAAAUAACACCAACUCAGGUGUUUUUACAUUUGGAGCAGGAUCUGGAGCCUCUCCUGCCACUGCUGCCAACCCCCCCAUGGCCCCCCAGUCAGGAGCAGCUGGUGGUGGAUUCAACUUUACUCAACCCCCAACAUUUAACAUAGGGUCAGCUAAAUCCUUCACUGCCUCUCCAGCUGGACCGUCACCAAUCGCUGGACGUAAAAUCAAGACUGCAGUUCGGCGCAGAAAGUAGACCUGCAUGGCCGUGACGAGACGGACUUGACUUGGACUCAACUGCGUCUCCAGCUGAAGAUUAAAUGAAAUCCUCAAAGGUCUCAACUGGACAUUGCUUGGAGAGGCCAAAGCUCGGCACAGCUUUGUGUUUAGCAAGUGGGCGAAUUUUAGCUCAAAGCUCAGCUGGUCGUUACAAAGGUUUUUUUAUGUUUAUGUUUGAGCGUCAUCGUGUAUGAGACCUGAGGGCUUCACUUAAGCAAAAACUGUUGACCCAAACAUAAAAGACAUCAAUCAAGCAGACACUUCCCUCUGAACACAGAAUAAGCGAAGCAGUCAUAUCUUUAUUUUACACGCCCCACAAAUGUCUGCUAGACUCUAGGCAUGACUUUUUCUAACAAAAUUACAAAGAUGAAAAACUGCAAAUUGAUAAUAAAAAAUGUAUGCGAGUGUAUACUUUAAUAAUUAGAAUGGAUGAUCAGAGUUUGAGCUGUGGAAUGGAGAGUAGUGCGAGCUGUGUGGUAAAUCUCCAGUGGUAAUCCAGCUAAAUAUUUAGACUGCUCCUUUAAAGGAUCCACUGGCGAUGUAGCCAAUGUGUCAGUGCAGUGUGCUGUAUGUACAGGGAUGAGCGUGUUUGAAUGCAGAGCGCUUGUCUUUUUCCCCCUUCCCUCUUAUGUACAGACUUGAGGUGUGUUUGGUUUCUUUGUACAUGCUGAGGAUGAGUGUCGGUGUGCGUUUAAAAUUUGAAAUGACAGAGUUGUUGCCUGGAUUGUCACCUGGCAACACCACGAGGCAAGCAAGCAAAUGAAUGUUUAAAAAGAAAACCAG